UAAGCUGCGUAAGUACAAAGUGAGAGAAAGAAAGAAACAACCCAAAAGAAAGAAAAGUAGAAAGAAAAAAAGAAAGAGAUAGAGAGAGAAUGCAGAGAUUAGCUCCAUUGAUGGAAGAACCAAUGGAUGAGCAAGAACAAGAAGAUCAAGAAAGAGGAAAAAGAUCAACGAGAUCCAAAUCAUGGAAGAAAUGGAUAAAAACACAAUUGCAGAUCAUCGUCUUCCCCAAGAAACCAGAUAUGAAGCUUCUUCUCAGUGUUAUGGGUUGUCCUCUCUUCCCUGUCCCUCCUCUCUCCAAAAUCUCUCUUCACCAGGUAUCAUCAUCGGCACAAUACAUAAUACAGCAGUUUGCCGCAGCAACGGGGUGCAAGAAACUCGCAGGCGAAAUUAAAAACACUUUUGUGACCGGGAAAAUUACAAUGAGUAUGGUGAGUGACGUUAAUAGCUCACCAGCGGUUGGUAGUUCCUCGUCUGUGUCUCACAAGGGAUGCUUCGUCAUGUGGCAAAUGCUACCUGAAAAAUGGCUCAUCGAGUUGGUUGGUGGCGGACAUAAGGUUGCAGCCGGUAGUGAUGGCGAAAUCACUUGGCGUUAUACACCAUGGCUCGGCGAUCAUGCUGCUAAAGGUGCCAUACGUCCUUUGCGUCGUGCUUUACAAGGUUUGGAUCCUCUAACAAUAUCAUCAGUCUUCUCAUCGGCACAAUUCGUUGGAGAGAAAGAGAUCAAUGGGAAGGAUUGUUUCAUUCUCAAGUUAUCAACCGACCAAAUCGACUUAUCAAGACGAAGUGACUCUACCGCUGAGAUGAUCAAACACGUAGCAUUCGGCUACUUCAGCCAAAAGAGCGGCCUCUUAAUUUGCCUUGAAGACUCUUCUUUAACCAGGAUUCAGAUACCAGGGACUGUCCCAACGUAUUGGGAGACAUCGAUGUCGUCGUGGAUGGAAGAUUACCGAGCAAUCGAAGGAAGUGAAGUGGUAAUAGCGCACUCGGGUAGAACAGAUGUGUUAAUCUCAAGAUUUGGAGAAACUCUCAGAGGAGGAAUCUCUGUGACUCGAAUGGAAGAGAGAUGGACCAUAGACGAUGUUGUCUUCGACGUGCCUGGUCUCUCUGUUGAUUGUUUUAUCCCUCCUAAAGAGAUCAAGAUGGACUUUCACCAACACGACGGUCAAAAACAAUUACCAACCUUUUAGAUUAUGACAAGCAGAGGAGUUGUUGUUAUAAUAUCAAACUUCCCAAAAGUUAAAUUGUAGAAAAGUGUAAAAGGGUUGUUUUUGACACAAUUUAAAAGUUCUGGGGCUAUUUUCUAAACUAUAUAUAUAUAAUUCUCUAA